AUGGAAAUUGCUAAAGCAAUGUUUGGAGAACGUUCUAAUGAGGGAUACAGCAGCAAGGCCACUGAGGUGGAGACCCUUUCAGAAGAUGAGGAAGAAAAUAUUAUUGCGUCUGUGUCUGGUGAGGGUGUUAGCAUCACUGUGACUCCAAGUUUCACAAAUAACUCAGACUUCACUCCUACACCUGGAGGCCCAUUCUCAGCUUUGACUCCCUCCAUGUGGCCACAGGAUAUCAUGGCAAAAAUCAAUCAUCCUCCAGAAGAUCCUAACGGACAGUUGGAUUAUAGAUAUGAUGAAUUUGGUUUUAAAGUGGAGGAGGAAGAUGGUCCAGAAGAGAACUCCAGUAAACUGUUGAGCACACCGUUUGUGGAAGACCCACAACACAGACUGAAAUGGACAGCCUACCUGGAGUUUACACACAACAAUGAAGUUGGAGAUCUGACUUGGGAUAAGGUGGAAGCAAGACUCCCGAGAUCUGAGAAGUUGAGAGGGAUGGUCAGAAAUGGUAUACCUCACUCACUGAGAAGUCAGAUGUGGCUGCGACUCUCAGGAGCUUUGGAUAAGAAGAACAAAUCAGAUCUGUCAUACAAAGAUGUUGUUAAAGCUAGCAGUAGUGACCAUUUGAUGACAUCAAAACAGAUUGAAAAGGAUCUUCUUCGCACCAUGCCAAGCAAUGCUUGCUUCUGUAAUAUCAACAGCACAGGGAUCCCACGCUUGAGAAGGAUCCUGAGAGGGUUGGCUUGGCUCUACCCAGACAUAGGCUACUGCCAAGGCACAGGGGUCAUUGCUGCUUCGUUAUUGCUUUUCAUGGAAGAAGAAGACACUUUCUGGAUGAUGUGUGCGAUUAUUGAAGAUUUGCUUCCAGCUUCCUACUACUCCAGCACACUCAUUGGAAUACAGGCUGACCAGCGGGUGCUGCGACAGUUAGUGAUCAGCUAUCUCCCCGACAUAGAUCUGGUGCUGAAAGAGCAUGACAUAGAAUUGUCCCUGAUCAGCUUACACUGGUUUCUCACCCUGUUUGCCAGUGUAGUACACAUGAAAGUCCUGCUGCGACUCUGGGAUUUGUUCUACUAUGAAGGCUCAGUGGUCAUCUUCCAGAUAACAAUGGGCAUGUUGAAGCUGAAGGAACAAGAGCUGCAAAGUUUAGACAACUCAGCACAGAUUUUCAAUGCUUUGUCUGAUGUUCCUGGAGAUGUCGAAGAUGUGGAUGUGCUGAUUGAGGUGGCAUUUAGAGUCUCAGGAUCCUUGACAGAUGUUCAUGUGGAUACACAUCGUAGGAAGCAUUUAGCUUAUUUAAUGGCAGACCAAGGGGCGCUAGUCAACCCUGAAUCUUCAAGGAACCUUCCAAAACAGCAACUGAACAAGCGUCAUCUAAGAAGAUCUAAGUCCUUGAUAUCUGUGCUGUGGGGUGGAGCAGGAGGAGAAGACGAUGAUUUUGGCAAGGCAAAGAAUAUUAGACAGACAGAACUGCUGGUAGAUCUGAGAGAAGCCAUUCUUCAGGUGGCCAGGCACUUUCAGAGUUUGGAUCCAAAAAACAGUAAAGUAGUACUUACAGCAGACUACAGUAUGGAGAGCCAUGCCAAGGAUUUGGAGAACUAUGUGAACGUUGCCAGGAAUCGUCACAGACGAGCCAAAGCUCUGCUGGACUUUGAGCGACAUGAUGAUGAUGAACUAGGAUUCAGAAAGAAUGACAUUAUCACCAUUAUCUCCCAGAAAGAUGAGCACUGUUGGAUCGGAGAACUAAAUGGCUUGAGAGGGUGGUUCCCUGCCAAGUUUGUGGAAGUUUUGGAUGAGAGAAGUAAACACUACUCCUCAGCUGGCGAUGACUCCGUAACAGAGGCCAUAACGGACCUGGUUCGGGGCACGCUGUGUCCCGCUCUCAAAGCAAUAUUUGAACAUGGCUUGAAAAAGUCAACCAUUCUUGGCGGACACUGCCAUCCAUGGCUGUUCAUUGAGGAGGCUGCCACCAGAGAGGUUGAGAAAGACUUCCAGAGUGUUUAUUCCAGGCUGGUUCUGUGUAAAACAUACAGACUGGACGAAGACGGGAAAGUGCUUACUCCAGAGGAAGUUUUGUACAGGGCUGUUCAAGCAGUCAACAUAAGUCAUGAUGCUUGCCAUGCUCAGAUGGAUGUGAAACUGAGAUCUCUUAUCUGCUGUGGUCUGAAUGAACAGGUUCUUCACCUCUGGUUGGAGACCCUCUGCUCCUGCAUGGACAUCAUUGAGAAGUGGUACCACCCCUGGUCCUUCAUGAGAAGUCCAGGCUGGGUUCAGAUUAAGUGUGAGCUUCGAUUACUUGCAGCCUACUCGCUUCAGCUUUCUUUGGGUCAUGAGCUGCCGUUACGGCGCGAUCCCAGGGACGCCUUGGUGGAGGGCGCACGGGAUAUGCUUGUCACCUACCACCUGUUUAGCUGGGAGUUGUGA